AUGGGUUUGUAUAUAUCAAAGGUGUUUAACCAGCUCGUGGGGAGCAAGGAGAUGAGAAUUCUGAUGGUCGGACUUGAUGCUGCCGGUAAGACCACAAUUCUGUAUAAACUGAAGCUCGGUGAAGUGGUAACCACCAUUCCCACUAUCGGAUUCAAUGUGGAAACAGUGGAGUAUAAGAACAUCUCAUUCACAGUAUGGGACGUUGGAGGCCAGGACAAGAUUCGUCCGCUCUGGAGGCACUACUUCCAGAACACACAAGGAUUGAUCUACGUGGUCGAUAGUAAUGAUCGAGAACGUAUUGAAGAAUCUCGCGAGGAGUUAGGGAGAAUGUUGGCGGAGGAUGAACUGAGAGAUUCGGUUUUAUUGGUGUUCGCCAACAAGCAAGAUCUGCCCAGUGCUGUGCCGGUUAGCGAACUCACGGACCUGCUAGGUCUACAGGGACUCAACAACCGACAGUGGUACAUCCAGUUCCGGCUAUAA